AUGUAUCCGCCGACGCCGACCGUAGACAUCCGUACGGAAUUUCAGGUACGACAACAUUUAUCGUACGUUUACACGCGUAAAGUCGUUACCGAAGUCGGUGAUCUUAUUAAUAAUGAUAUUAUUAACGUCGUGACCGGAAGUAACGAAAAUGAAAAUGUUUUGAUCGGAAAUAAAAACAUAUCGGAUAACGUUUAUUCGUCGUUGUCGUCGUCGGGUGGUAAUCAUUCCGAUUAUAAUGAUUAUUUAUACAGGCAUUCUCCGGCUCUUACGAUUGUUUAUUGCGUCGCGUAUUUUAUAGUUUUCGCUGUCGGUUUAGUCGGUAAUUGUUUGGUUGUUGCUGUCGUUUUUCGCGCUCCGAGAAUGAGAACCGUUACGAAUUUGUUCAUCGUUAAUCUCGCCAUUGCCGAUAUACUCGUCGUCGUUUUAUGCAUACCUGCGACGCUUCUUGGAAACAUAUUCGUUCCUUGGAUUUUGGGUUGGUGGAUGUGUAAAACGGUACCAUACGUACAGGGAGUUUCUGUUGCUGCAUCCGUUUACAGUUUAAUUGCCGUGUCUUUAGACAGAUUUUUAGCAAUAUGGUGGCCGUUGAAAUGUCAAAUAACUAAAAGGCGAGCACGAGUUAUAAUAAUCGUUAUAUGGGUCGUGGCAUCAACGGCGACGAUACCCUGGGCUCUAUAUUUUGAUCUCGUCAUAUUUAGCGAAUCCCCCCACGUUUUGUUGUGUUUGGAAGUAUGGCCGGAAUCCCUGAGCGGAUCCCUUUACUUUCUCGUCGUGAAUUUAGUUUUCUGCUACAUUCUACCACUCAUACUCAUAACUUUGUGUUACAUAUUGAUAUGGAUAAAAGUAUGGAGGAGAACAAUACCGACGGAUUCGAAAGAUGUACAAAUGGAAAAAAUACAACAGAAAUCAAAGGUAAAAGUCGUUAAAAUGUUAGUCGUGGUAGUAAUCAUAUUCGUCGUGUCAUGGAUGCCUUUAUACAUAAUAUUUGCAAGGAUAAAACUCGGAGGUGACGUCAAUCACUGGGAAGAAAAUAUAUUGGCUUACAUAACACCCGUGGCACAAUGGAUGGGAUCAUCUAAUUCUUGUAUUAAUCCCAUACUGUACGCUUUUUUUAAUAAAAAAUAUCGGAGAGGUUUUGUCGCGAUAAUAAAAUCUAAAAAAUGCUGUGGAAGACUUAGAUAUUACGAAGCUGUCGCACUCAUGGGAUCAUCAUCGAGCAUGAGAAAUAAAUCAUCUUAUUACAUAAAUAAUAAUAAUAAUAAUAAUAAUAAUAAUUCGUCGACGAGAAAACCUCCGCCGCAGGAUACGGGAAAAAAUCAACAGGGAACGCAUAAUUUUUGGUAUAAUAGCUGA